GUUCAUGAAAAAAAUGUUUUGGGUUUCGUAUCAUAAGUUAUAAGACUGUUAAUUAUCAGCUGAAACAAAUUAAAUAUUUCUAACAACAUAUACUUUGGUCACUGGUGCUUCAAGUUUUUUAUGUGCGUUCCAUUGUUAAGACGAGAACGAGAGGGUAGCGUUUGUUAUCGUGUGGAGUCGUUUGCGAACUUCGCUUUCUACGUUCCUGCAACAGUAUCGGGUUACUACAAUAUGUCUCUAAAAGCAGUGUGUGUUAUGAUUGGUGAGGUGGUGAACGGAUUAAUCCGUUUUUAUCAAGAGAAAGAAGGUGCGCCCGUUGAAAUAACUGGUGAAAUUAAAGGCUUGGACAAGGGAAAACAUGGCUUUCACGUUCACGAGUUUGGCGAUAUUUCCGAUGGAUGCACAAGUGCUGGACCACAUUACAAUCCUUUAGCCAAGGACCAUGGAGGACCAGAUGAUGCAGACCGACACAUUGGUGACCUUGGAAAUGUUACAGCAGAUGAAGAUGGUGUAGCUAAAGUGUGCAUAUCUGACAAGCUAAUCUCUCUGACAGGAAAACACAGCAUUAUUGGAAGAACUUUAGUGGUCCAUGCAGAUCCUGAUGACCUUGGGAAAGGUGGUCAUCCUCUAAGCAGAACUACAGGCAAUUCUGGAGCCCGAGUGGCAUGUGGAAUUAUUGGCUUAGCCAAAUAA